AUGGCUGCAUUACUUGGAGCCGCUUACGAUUCUAGCGAUGACGAUACUCCGUCUGUUCCAGCGGCGUCCGCCCCAAAAGUCGUCGCCGCCCCUGAGGUGAACACAGAGGAUCAAUCGCACAUGCGAAUGAUGCUCGCUAAUACUUCCUCGAAAGCGUUGACUUACAACGCGACAUACGAUGACCUCUCGCGCCCCUCCCAAGGGCCCUCCAACCCCUUCAAAUCCGCAGGUGCAGGAAACGGCCUCAAGCGCAAAAAUGUCCCCACAGGCUACGCUGAGGCCGCCGCCAUCAGCGAGUCCACAUUCACUGCGCAGCAUCGCACGUAUCAAAGCUUGGGUUAUACGCGUAAUCCUACAGCCCCAGAGCAGUUUGUUGGUAAUCUUGAUCAUGCUGCUCAGUUUGGCGGUCGUGAUGUCGUGCAGAUGAAGCCUUCGAAGGAAGCAUCAGCGGCGUUACGAGCCAAGCGACAGAAAAAGGGCGAUUCGAGCAUUGUCGAGGGUCCGGGCGCAUAUCUCGGCCCUUGGGCGAAGUACCAAGAUGACGAUCAGGUUUAUGACGAAGAACUCGGUAGCGACGAGGAACUCGUGGAGGUGGACGAAGACGAAGAAGAACAGGAGCAAGUUGGAUCGGCGCCCAUGCCGGCCAUGAGCAAGGAAGCAACAGAUUACCAAGACGACACAUCAAAGGUCGAAACGACCGAAUUCCACGGCUCAGAGCAAUACGACUACCUGGGCCGAACGUACAUGCACGUCCCUCAGGAUCUGGAUAUCGAUCUCAAGAAACCCGUAGGCAGCAUCAAGAACUACGUCCCCAAGAAACUCGUCCACACAUGGAAGUCGCACACCAAGGCCAUCACCUCGCUCCGCUUCUUCCCUCAAGCCGGCCACCUCCUCCUCUCCUCUGCUGCUGACGGCAAGGCCAAGAUCUGGGAUGUGUAUCACUCGCGUGAACUGCUCCGCACUUUCUCCGGCCACUCAAAGGCCAUCACUGACACCGAUUUCCAUAUCACGGGCAAAACCUUCCUAACAGCCUCCUACGACCGGCAAAUGAAACUCUGGGAUACCGAAACAGGCCAGUGCAUCUCGCGCUUUUCAACCGGCAAAACCCCUCAUGUCAUCCGAUUCAACCCCAAUCCCGAAAACUCCCACGAGUUCCUCGCUGGUAUGUCUGACAAGAAGAUCGUCCAGUUCGAUACCCGCACCGGCGAGCAGGUCCAGGAAUAUGACCACCACCUUGCGGCCAUCAACACACUCACCUUCGUCGACCAAAACCGCCGCUUCAUCUCCACAUCCGACGAUAAGUCCCUUCGCGCCUGGGAAUACGGUAUCCCCGUGCCAAUCAAGUUCAUUGCAGAGCCGUACAUGUUCGCUCUCACGCGCGCAGCGGCCCAUCCCAACGGCAAAUACGUCGCUUUUCAAUCGGGCGAUAACCAGAUUGUCGUUUACGGCGCGACCGACAAGUUCCGACAGAAUCGCAAGAAGAGUUUCCGCGGCCACAAUAAUGCGGGUUAUGCUAUUGAUCUGACGAUCUCUCCUGACGGCCAGUUUAUCGCGUCCGGUGAUAGUGCCGGGUUGUUCAGCUGGUAUUUAUAUUAG